AUGAUGCAAUUAAGUUUAGUUCUGCUUAUAAUUGUAUACUACUUAAACAUAAAUUUAAAAGCACAACUCGGAUUUAUAGAUUUUACUUCUUUUCUAGAAACAUCAGAUAAAUUGAAUGAUGUAUUAUUGAAAAUUAAAUAAAAAUUCAAGAAUCAAUAUCCUUAUACAAAAGUAGAUCAAGAUUUAUAAAAUAUAGUGGAAUAAUUUGCUAAUAAAGUUAGAAUUAUUAAUUUAAGAUUUUAGUUUAAAAUUAGUUGGAAUGAUUUAAAUUCUAUUAAUCAAAUCUUGAUAGUUGAAUUGAUAGAAGGACUUAAAAAGAAGGCUUACACAAAUCAUUUGAUACUGGAUGCGGCUGUUAUGUUAAAAGAAUUAUAAUAGGAAAAAAAUAAAUUAAUUAAAUUUAAAAAUGAAAAUCAAGAUAAAAAUGUAGAUGAAAGUAACAUAGAACAAAUAAUUUCUAUAACUAUGCCUCAUUUAUAAUAAUUAUUAGAAUUAAAUGCUAAUAUUAAAGGGAUUCGUGAUACUUUACGAUUUUUGUAGCAUAAUUUCUCAAAGGGUCGUUCUGGGUAUAUAGAAUUAGUGUUAUUUACUAAAAACUUAGCUGAAGAAGAAUUUGAAGCACAAUUACUAUUUAUAAAAUGUAUAAAUUAACUAUAAUGA